CUUAUUGAUGAGUGUCAUAAGAUCUUUAUCAGCUAGUGAAAAUUAUCAACAGAGAGAAAUAGAAAAAGCUAAGUUAGAGCAUGCUUAUAAAGAAAGUGAUGAAAUCGUUGAUAAACUGAUAGCAGAAUAUGCUGAAGAUUUUUCAAAAAUAAUCCAAAGCUUUAGCAAAAUCUCAACAAAUAUGACAGAAAGUAACAUAUCUAUUAAAAAAGUAAAAGAAAAUUUGACAUCCUGUAAAAAAUUAUUAAAUUGUCAAAGAGAUGAUUUAAAAGUUUUAUGGCUUGAUGGUUUGCAACAAAAAUAUACAUUAGAAAUGCUUGAACAAAUAGAAAUAAUAAAAAAUGUUCCAAAUGAAAUUGAGAGUAAAUUAAUCAAAAAAAGAUACAUGUCCUUAGCUGAACUAUAUGUCACGGCAACAUCUCAUUUGGAGGGUGAUCUGAAACAAGUUGAAGGGUUAAGAGAGAUAAAGGCAGAAAUAAUUACAAAAAAAGAAAAAAUUAAGUAUAGCUUGGUCAGAGACCUAAGAAAUCAUUUGUACAUCAGAACCACGGUUAAAGGUGAUUACAGACCCAUCUCAGACAUAGAUGCUUACUACAAAACGUCUCCUCUAGCUCCAAAUGCCAAUUAUCUUCACGAGAUGAAUGACUAUGAAGUUGGACUUAACAAGGUUAAGUCUUCGGCUAAUUUCCUUGAAGCCACAAAAUUUAACGUCCGUAAACACCUGGAAAGCGCUUCUAAAAAAUUAUUUGCCGUUUCUGGUCAGAGUUCGUUCGAAGACGAAAUGUCUAUCGAUAACAUGAAAAUAAAUCCGGUUAAAGAAGAUUUGGAACUAAUCGAUCCGGAAUUCGAUUCCGCCUAUUUCAUGACCAUUUCGAUACAGGCCCUGGCUAAAUUGAAUUCUCUCAACGAGGCCUUUGAAUUGUUAAAAACAUCGAUGCAAUCGGAUCUAUGUUCAAUAGUACUUAUUACUGCUCACGAAAUCAAAACUAGAUACUCAGUCAACGCCCAGUACAAUAAUCCCACAAACCCAACCCUUAUGAAAGAAGGUGUUGAAGGGGAAGAAGACAGACCCGAACUAUUUAAGGUUUUGUUGGAAACUCUUUUCGCCAAAUUUUGGAGUAUCUCAAGGGCGCAUAAAUUUGUUAUCAAAUGUUUCCUCGCGAAUUCUGCCGCGCCACCUGUGCCAUCCAGGAAUAAGGAUAUUACAAACGAUAAAAAGUUGAAUACCAAGAAGGUUCACCCACCGGAAUCUGCCAAGUCUCACGCCUCUUCUAAAAUACCGGAUUCUUCGAAUGCUUCUUCCAUGUUGCCACCUUACGAUAUAUUGGACGUAUGGUCAUUUAUACAGGGAGUUAUUCAGAUGACGCUAAUCGAAUACUUAGCUAUAGAGAGCUCUUCGGCCGGGAUGGAUGGUUCAUCAUACCCUACAGAAAUGGAAAACUUAAACAAUUAUUUUGUUAAAUCCCACGUUAAACGCAAUAUAUCUGCUGCUAAACGUAGUCAACCGUUAUUUAAGUUUGAUAACUCAGUUCUAGCUUUGAACGCUCAUAAAUACGCCAGGGAACAAAGAAAACGUAAAAGUCUUGCCUUUCUGGCCACUUCAUCCCUCGAGGAUUCUCAUUUAAACUUUCUACCUCCCCUGAUUAAUUAUUCUACUACAACGUCCGAUAAUAAAGAUUUGCCUAGUAGUCCCUUCGCUAAAGGCUUCAACACCGUGAUAAAUUUUAAUACACCUGUAAACGUUUGCAAACCCAGUAUAAAAAACUUAAGAACCGUAUACCUUUCGGUUCAAGACUUUUGCAAGAGGUUGGAGAACGAGAUCAAGAUGCAACCACCCACGAGAUGCUUGCUCUAUUCCUUUUUUAACGAUUACGUUAGAGAGAUAUACCUGGUUGAGGUACAUAAUUCUGCUUCCAGUAAAAUCGAAAGUCAUAUCAAAGGACCAGAAGCAUGGAAAGCUUUGGUUACCCCUGACCCCAAGGUGUGUCCUGAUGUGGAUCGACCUUUACUUUUAAACGCUUUUGUUGUGGAUAGAUGCGUGAAUGAAUUGAGGGAUAUAAUAAGGGACAUGCCCGACUAUUCCAACCAAUUCCUGCUCAUGAAUUGCAAAAUAUUACAGAGUUAUAAAGAUGUAUGCCUUAACGCUUAUAAAAACAUAGUCCAACCAGAAACCGAAGAUAAACGGAUCAUAAGCGCUACUUGGGCCAAGGAUGAGGAUAUUAAUCGAUUUCUAAGGUCUUUACCUAAUUGGCACCUGAUGAGGCAACAUACCGAGUAUCAUCCAAAUAGCCCAUCUAUAAAUUCGCCUGACAAGAUGGCAUCCAUUUACAGUCACAAGGAAACUCAGAAUGAAGCUUUUAGUUAUUCUCCGACUGCAAAUCAUCCAAAUAUCCACGACCACAGGGUAGAUAGCUGUCACGCCAAAGAAUCUGAAAUUUUGGCCAGCAACCUCGGCGACGAAAUGAUGAGUAUACCCGAUCAAGAGAUACUGACCGAUCCACAAUCCAUAAAAACUCUUGCCCUUAUUCACGAAAGUUUGGAAUGGUUAGCAUGCGUUAAGCUGGGACCGGGUCUUUUACAAGAUCUGAUUCAAGAAAAUGAUGGUAAUUUGCCUCAUAUUAUUUACGAUGCACCCGAAGAGGAAGGAAAAGACGGCAGGAAAAGCGUCAUGAAUGAAAUUCUCUCCGAUGGAACCUUAAAAGUCCCGGUAUCCAAUUUCAUAAUCGAUUCAAUCAAAACAUUCGUGCAAGAUUUCGAAGAACUCUCCGAGACUUGUCUCCUUGUAAUUCAUUUAGAGCUUAGGGUUCAUUGCUUCUACUUCUUGAAACCACUUGCCAAACAGUACGAACCAAUUAAUCAAAUGUCAACUCAAAAUGCCCAAAAUUCUGCUCAUUCUCCCCCCAAUGAAAGCGCUAGCUCCAGCUCAUUGCAAACUUCCUCCCUUUCCGAUGUUGAUUCGAGUGUACUCAAGCUUAACAAAGAUUUAACUUCCAUAGAAGAAGUUCUGAGUUUUACUCUGCUCAAACACAAACUCAAGUACGUGGUAGAAGGGCUAGGCCACUUAAUAUCUACCCUGGUCAUAGGAAAUUCCUCAGGAUUGCCCAGAAUUGAUCAUGAAAUCAUCAAACGCAUGUGCCACAAUGUUUUCGCUCUGCAGCAAAACCUCACGAAUAUCACGUUAAACAGGGAAUCAGAUCUGGACAGAGCAAAAACUUAUUACGAAAUGCUAUACAAAUCGCCUGACGAGAUAAUAAAUUCGAUACUAGAACAAGGACCAAUUUUUUCUCAGUUAGAAUAUAAAAAUGCCUUCAGAUUGUUACACAGGAGGGUGUAAAUUGUCAUUGACUUAGGGGGUGUAGAAGUCCCUCGGCAUGAUCAAAUAUGUGGAAAGAGAUUAAUAUUACACAACAGCUUGGUUUUAUCGAGCUAAGAAUAUAAAAUAAGGAGACUGCCAGUAGAAUGACACAUGGGGGUUUUACCUUGCAAGUUAAAACUAACUUUUGCUGUAAUAAGAAGAGGAAGAAACGUAUAGUAUAUCUGAAAGAUAAAAAAUAGGUAAUAUUAUUAAAGGA